AUGCGGAUGGACAAUUUCCAUGAAAAAGAGACAUACAGAGGUGAAGAAUCAGCACAGGUACAUGCAGCUAUCCAGAUACAGCGAGCUUGGAGAAGAAGACAUACCCAAACUGCCCACUCCUUCCAGAAUACCGAUGCUCGAUGGAAAGAUACCGCCAUUCAUACUCAACUAAAGCUCAAUAGAAUAGCCGCGUAUAAAGGGAAAAACGAUCCUCUUACGCGAUGGAAACGUUCCAAGUUUUUUGCAGGUCAAAUCCAGGGCUCCGAUUCUGUUUCCACGAGCAGCCCUGGUGAAUCUCCUAUCACUCGCGAUAACAGCAAGAAAAUCCUUGAAACUCAACAUUGGCUAGAGCUGGUUGAUGGGUGA